AUGGUUUUGGGCUCCUAUGUCGAAUUAUCGCACCCAGAUAACUCCAUACCAGUGAACCGGUUUGUAACUCCGCUUCAUAUCGUACCUGAAUGGUACUUUUUAGCAUAUUAUGCGGUGUUAAAAGUAAUCCCAUCCAAAACCGGUGGUUUGUUAGUAUUUAUGUUUAUCAAACAUGUCAAUGAAAUAUCAACAACGAUUGAAACUUAUUUGGUUAACAUAACAACAUAG